AUACGUACUACCUAGUGUUGCAAUAUGCUGAACGCGGUGACUUGAGGACUUAUUUACAAAAUAAUUUCAAAAGUAUUGAUUGGAAAACUAAAAUUAAUAUGGCUAAAGAUAUUACAAGGGGUCUACGCUGUAUUCACAAAGAAAAUAAAGUUCAUAAAGAUUUAAAUUCAAAGAACAUUCUAGUUCACGAAGGAAGACUAUUGAUAACAGAUUUAGGAUUAUCUCGAUCAUCAGAUUCAAAUUCAAAUUCAAAAUCUGCGGGUGGUGGAAUGGUUGCAUACACUGAUCCUGAAUAUUUACGAAAUCAAUUGAAAAAUAAAAGAAAUAAAGCUUCGGAUGUUUAUA